GAAAGGCGGUCCCCUUGUUCGGUCAGAUAUUUAUGCUAAUCACGCGGAGCUCUGCGCUUUUUAAUCCACGCCCAAGCAGUGCAGAUAGAGAAUUGUAUCUGAAUCUUUCCUAGAGUGGGACAAAGAUAAAGCAGACGCCAUGUCAGACAAACCAAGUCUUUGCGAAAUCAUACAGUUUGAUAAGAAAAAACUGAAGAAGACAGAAACCAAAGAGAAAAAUCCUCUGCCAACAAAAGAGACAAUUGAAGAGGAAAAAAGACAAGAAUCAGCUUCAUGAAUGUGAAAUGGAGGAGAUGCAACUUGUUUUUUUUUAAGUUGACUGGUUUUUGUUUCAAAACCCUUACUGCUAACUGACUCGCGGAUGGGACUCUGUUAUAGCAUACUGUCCACUCCCAAGAUGGGGACUACUCCCUGUAGUGCACCAAGGGACCAACUUAUUAAUAUAAUGGUGUUUGGACCAUACAGUGAAAGGAAACAAUGUAUCUGCACACUAAAUAUUUGAAGUCAGUUUCAUUUUAUUUAUGUAUUUAAAAUCCAUCUUUCCAUGGACACUUCUAUGCUUAACAUGUUACAAAUCUAAUAAAAACCAAUGAAAUAACCAAAUGUGUGGAAUAGUUUAGAUUUUUUCUUGUCCUUCCGCACUCCAAAGAUAUUGUUGCAGGUAAUUGGCAAAAUCCAUGGGGUUUCUUUCCAUAUAUCAUGCAUUUAAUAAAUGUUUCCCUAUCUUUUGAUACACUGAUUAAAUGAACAUUGUAGUUUCUUAUUGUGUUUCUUUCUAAGAGACUUGUACAAACCUGUUUAAAAGAGAUGAAACAACUAUUAAGUGGCUGGGGAAAGAAGAGUUAUUUUGCAAUGUUUAAUUGCAUUUGCAAUUAAUUAAUGCUUUGUUAAUAUAUAAUGAAAAUGGUGUUUGGUGGUCCUCUUCAUCAGUAAUGAUCCUGCAAUGUAUUGGAAGAUCUAUUCCGGCUCCUAAAUGAGCGGUCAUUGUUUAAAACAGUCACUGUAAACAUAGUUCAAAUGUAUCUGUCUGUUUAGGAAUUCUCUUUUGUGCAAUAUAAAACAUUAUUGAAACUGUGAUUUCAUUAAGAGUAGUCAUAUGUGAUAGCUUUAAAUUGUUUAAUUCAAGAUUAUAGCUCUGGCCUGCCUACAGCCUUCAACAGAUCAUUGUAACAUAAUGUGCAAUGGUUACAUGAUUUGUGGAUUUUGUUUCCAAAUCAUAAAGACUGUUUAAAAUUUUAUUUUGUCCAGCGGACACCAGGAUUUAAAAAUGGAUGCUUCCUGUAGAAUUGCACAUUUUUGUUCCAAUCAACUAUUUUGUAAAUUGAAAAGAUUGCAAUGAAAAUAAGCUUACAUUUUAUGUUUUAUUGGAGUUAUAAUUCAAUUUUUACCCCAAAAUCUAAUGUCAUUCACUAUCAAUAAAGUGAGGUCAGGCAACCUGUUCCCAGCCAUUUGUAAGACAAUGAAUAUUUUGUUUUGUCCUUCCUUUUGGAGGAACAAUCUCAAAUUAUACAGUGAAAAUAUUAUUAA